AUGGCGCUGUACUACGGUGUCACUGGUAUGAUGUCCUGGAGCGAGUGGGACAGCGACAAUCCAACCACAUAUCGCCUGGUGCUGGAGAUUGAAAUCCAGUAUGCUGACCGAUGCUUGGGCAUUGUGCCGGACUGGACAUACUUGAACGAGACAGCCACAAAGUUCAACACAUCCCUGGAGCAAGCACUGCACGGCCCCUGCGGCAACGCGAGGUGUUCGUUUGUGGCCAUCAACUGGAACAAAGAUGGCAAGCAGGGAUCCGGAUACAUCCCCUAUGAGUUCCGCAUGCUUCCUGGAAGCGUAGAGACGUGCGGGCUUAGAUUUCACAAGGUGGUAAUGAUCAAGGGGCACCUGUACGACAGCAUGUUCGACCACUUCCAGAAUGGCAAGGCUUUCGUGGGCGCCCGCAAGGUGUUCUCAAGUCUCUUGCGGUGGCACAAGAUGGCAAUGCAGAAGCUCAGUCGAUAG